AUGGGUUCGCCGAUUUCGGGAUUCAUCGGCAGGGCAGUCCUACAACGGCUGGAGUGGUUGGUUUUCCGGAACCACAGACCGGAAUUCUGGGCUCGGUGUGUGGAUGACACCGUCGUCAUCGAACGGGAUCAGGUGUUGACAUUCAAAGAACAUCUCAAUGCCGUCGUUCCGGGCAUUCAAUUUACGAUGAAGGAGGAGAAGGAGGAGCAGGAGCAGGAGCAGGAGGAGAAGGUGGAGGAGGAGGAGGAGGAGGAGGAGGAGGAGGAGGAAGAGCAGGAGCAGGAGGAAAACAACCAGCUGGCCUUCCUAGAUGUCCUCGUCUGCCGCAAAGAUCGUGGUGGCCUAAAAAUCAAAAUGUUCAGGAAAGCGACAAAUACGACGCAACUACUGAACUUCAAUAGCAACCACCCGAUCAUUCACAAACGCACUUGCGUAAGGGCGCUAUACCGGCGAGCUGAAAUGCACUACCGUGAAAUGGAAGACAAGGAUGCUGAAUUGCAAUAUCUUUGA